GCCGCACGGAUCACUCCCACUCGAACAGCACACACUUCGCCGCGCCGGAUCCACGCCACCGCCGACGCGAUGCCGAUCUGCCCGGCGCCGUCGGAGUCCUCGGGGUCCGGGAGCCGCGUGUGGAUCUUCCACGGGCUGGCGCUCGGCGCGGCGGCGGCGGCGGCCGCGGCCGCCUACCUGUACCGCCGGCCCCGCGGGUUCCGCAGCCUGGCGGUGGGCAUCAUCCCCGCGCGCUACGCCUCCUCCCGCUUCGAGGGCAAGCCGCUCGCCCUCAUCCUCGGCAAGCCCAUGAUACAGAGAACCUGGGAAAGAGUUAUGCUAGCUUCUUCGUUAGACCAUGUCGUUGUGGCAACGGAUGAUGAGAAAAUUGCUGAGUGCUGUAGAGGAUUUGGAGCUGAUGUUAUAAUGACAUCAGUAUCAUGCCAAAAUGGAUCUGAACGCUGCUGUGAGGCACUUCAAAAGCUCAGGAAACAUUACGACAUUGUUGUCAACAUUCAAGGGGAUGAGCCUCUUAUUGAACCAGAGAUAAUAGACGGUGUGGUUAUGGCACUGCAGCGAGCUCCUGAUGCAGUCUUCAGCACAGCUGCCACAGCACUAAAACCUGAUGAUGCAUUUGACACAAACCGAGUGAAGUGUGUAGUAGACAACCAGGGUUAUGCAAUAUACUUCUCAAGAGGGCUGAUCCCAUUUAACAAAUCAGGGAAAGUCAAUCCUCACUUCCCAUAUCUUCUUCAUCUUGGGAUUUCGGGCUUUGAUUCGAAGUUUCUGAAGAUCUAUCCACAGCUUGCACCAACCCCAUUGCAACUAGAAGAGGACCUGGAGCAACUUAAAGUUCUUGAGAACGGCUACAAGAUGAAGGUUAUCAAGGUGGACCAUGAUGCCCAUGGUGUGGAUGCGCCCGAAGACGUCCAGAAAAUAGAAGCAUUGAUGCGGGCAAGGAACAUCCAGUAGUAAACAUCACAGAAACGUUUGGUUUCACAUCUCGUGUGGUUUCUUGUUAGGUUGGGGUCAUGCUAUCCACGAGUUUGUAAAAAGAAUCGGGAGCUAUGUUAUGCUGCAUUUCCUGUACGGAAGAGUUUCGUAGCGCGUAACUGAAGGAACAAGGUGGGUGCACGGUCUUUGUGUGGAAUUGGCAAUGCACCUGGUGUGUAGUUCUUGUAAUUAUGUAACAUUCCAACCAGUUUCUAAGGUUGUACUGCUUCAUGAGUA